AUGGCAUUUCGCCCAAAAGAGCCGUUUCGAGCGAGCGAGCUGGAGACGCCAACAAGAAGAAUGAUCGCGAUAGAGACACACUACCUAUAUUACCACAUCGUGUUCGGCGUGGAGCGCGUGUCUCUUCUCAUUGCUUCCGAUGGCAAUCCCCGAUGCGGGGGUGGCAAAGGUGAAUUGAUAAACGCAGCGCGUAGUGUCAUUGAUCUACUGCGCUGGGUUGAUAUCGGUCCUCAAAUGCCAGUUUUCAUUCUAGGGAUCAUGCCGUUAUCUGCAGUAUUUAUUAUUUUUGAUUUUGUGAUUCAUAAUCCCGGCCACAAGGAGACCUCUCACAAUAUAAACCUUCUUGAUAAGGCUGCGGAGUUCUUUGGCCAGAUUGACUACGCCUCUCAAGGCGGGCUCCCAGGCAAUGUCAUAUCUCGUUUUACUGGGAUCGCCCGAGAAUACGUCCUCAACCUUUCGAGUGAAAUGCCUGCAACUACGGUUCCAAAUUCACAAAUGCUUCAGGGGAUUCAGCCUAUAUGGGAUUAUGCACCUGACAUAGAUUUCAAUAACAUGAACUCGGACGUCAGUUAA